CGGGGCCUGAAGACCCUGAAGGCCGGGCGCUCGCGGGGUGGAGGCUCCUCAGCUGCACCGCAGUCGGGCCGCUCCGUGUAUCCAAGAUUCAUGCAACAUGCGGACUUCCAUGCAGGCUGUGGCCCUCUGGGGAAAGAAGGCCCCUCCCCACAGCAUCACAGCUAUCAUGAUCACCGAGGACCAGCAAACGAUUGUGACUGGAAGUCAAGAGGGUCAGCUCUGUCUGUGGAAUCUCUCACCUGAACUAAAGAUUUCAGGUAAAGAACUCAUAUUUGGUCAUUCGGCUCCCGUCACAUGCUUGGCAAGAGCAAGGGACUUUUCUAAACAGCCCUAUGUGGUCAGCGCUGCUGAAAAUGGGGAGAUGUGUGUCUGGAAUGUCAGCAAUGGACAGUGCGUGGAGAAGGCCACACUUCCUUACAGGCACACUGAAGUCUGUUAUUACCAUUGCUCAUUCCGGAUGACAGGGGAAGGCUGGCUUCUGUGCUGUGGAGAAUACCAAGACAUUCUUGUUAUGGAUGCCAAAACUUUGUCAGUUAUUCACACUUUCACAUCCCAGUCUCCUGAUUGGAUCAAAUGUAUGUGCAUUGUUCACUCCAUGAGAAUUCAAGAAGAUUCUCUUCUUGUGGUGUCAGUAACAGGUGAACUCAAGGUUUGGGAUCUCUCCUCAUCUAUCAACAGCAUUCAGGAGAAGCAAGAUGUCUAUGAAAAAGAAUCCAAGUUUCUGGAAUCCUUGAACUGCCAGAGCAUACGAUUUUGCACAUACACAGAGAGACUUCUGUUGGUGGUGUUUUCUAAGUGUUGGAAGGUCUAUGAUUAUUGUGACUUUUCCCUCCUGUGGACGGAAGUGGGUAGAAAUGGACAGUUUUUUGCUGGUGGAGAGGUGCUCGCGGCUCACAGGAUCCUCAUCUGGAUGGAGGAUGGUCACAGUUACAUCUAUCAGCUGCUGAACAGUGGGCUUUCAAAAAGCAUAUACCCUGCUGAUGGAAAGGCGCUUAAAGAGACAAUUUAUCCUCAUUUACUGUGUUCCACUUCUGUAGGAGAGAACAAGAGCCUCCCCUUUGUUAUGGGUUACAUGAAUGAAAGAAAAGAGCCUUUCUAUAAGGUACUUUUUUCUGGAGAAGUCUCAGGAAGAAUUACUCUGUGGCACAUUCCAGAUGUCCCUGUAUCCAAGUUUGAUGGCUCUCCCAGAGAGAUACCAAUAACUACCACCUGGACCCUUCAAGAUAAUUUUGAUAAGCAUCAAAUGGUAUCUCAAAGUAUCAUGGACCAUUUCUCUGGCUUUAAAGAUGAGGCAGGUAGUAUGGUAGUCACAUCAUCAGAGUACGUUCCAAGUCUUGAUAAGCUGAUAUGUGGCUGUGAAAAUGGGACAAUUUUCAUCACCCAGGCUUUGAAUGCUGCCAAGUCAGGACUUCUAGAAGGCUGUUCUUUACUAAAAGACUCUCUCUCUAAUAAAGUUCUUAAAGGGCAUCACCAAAGUGUUACUUCAUUGCUUUACCUACAUAGUGUCUCUUCAAAAUUAGACCAAAGUUGGAUGGUGUCUGGGGACCAAGGUUCAUGUGUCAUAUUGUGGGAUAUCUUUACUGAAGAAAUAUUGCAUACGUUCUCUUUGGAAGCUGGUCCAGUAACAAGUCUUUCAAUGUCACCAGAAAACUUCAGAUUCAGAGAUGAUCAGAUAAUCUGCUGUGUGUGCAGUGACCACUCUGUGUCUCUCCUUCACCUGGAGGGGAGAAGCUGCCUCCUUCAAGCCCGGAAACACCUUUUCCCUGUGAGGACAAUCAGAUGGCACCCUGUGGAAAACUUUUUAAUUGUUGGAUGUGCAGAUGACUCUGUCUACAUCUGGGAAAUUGAAACAGGUACUUUGGAAAGACAUGAGACAGGAGAAAGAGCAAGAAUUAUUCUUAAUUGUUGCGAAGAUUCAAAGCUUCUGAAGCUUGAGCCAGUACUUUCAGUUACCUCAGAAGCAAAUAAGCACAAAAGCCUAGAACAGAAAUCCUCUAGCUCCCAUCAGCUUGGGUCAGUAUCCUGCCCAGUUGUUCUACAGGUAGACUCUCCAGGUAAGGUUACUGAUGCCAAGCCUUUCCCAAGACCUUUUAAUGUCUUGCCUGUGAAAACAAAAUGGAGUAGCAUUGGCUUUCAUGUUCUUCUCUUUGACCUGGAAAACCUUGUUGAACUUCUGCUGCCAACUCCACUCAGUGAUGUUGAUCCUUCCAGUUCCUUUUAUGGUAGUGAAAUCCUGAGGAGAGCCAAAAGCACAGUAGAGAAGACAACACUGACAAUAAAAAGAAAUAAAGCUUCCUGCAGUUCCCUCCAGGCAGAGACACAGGCCAAGCCUAAGGGUGACUGUCCUCCCCAGGGAGAUCAUCCCCUCAAAUUCUCCGAAGAAAAUGAUGGCAUUAAAAGGCAGAAAAAAAUGAAGAGCUCCAAGAAGACAAACCCAAAGCCAUCAAGAAGAGUUGAUGUCAACGUCACAAUAGACACAGCGAAAUUGUUUCUGUCCUGCCUGUUGCCCUGGGGAGUGGAUAAAGAAUUUGACAACCUCUGCAUUAGGCAUCUCCAUAUCUUAAAGCUUCAGGGUCCCGUGUCCGUAGGACUUGCUACCAGUGAAGACUACUUCUCACUGAUGCUGCCGGGCUGGGACUUAGGCAGCUCAGAAAUGAAGAAAGAACACUCGAGAGUCAAUCUGUUUUCCAGAAAAGUUUUGGACUUAUCCAGUAAAUACACAGCCACUCUUCCAAAUCAGGUCGCAGCACCAAGAGGAUGGGACAAUAAUGAUGAUUCUUUGUCAGAGUCAAAUACUAUCGUCUAUUUGUUGAGCAGACUAUUUUUAGUUAAUAAGUUAGUUGACAUGCCAUUCGAGUUGGCCUGUGAAAUUGACAGAUCCAUUUAA